UGGGAGGAGAGGCUGAUGUCUGCUGAUCCAUCCGCUCUCUCCAGGCUCUCAGCUGGCCUCUCCCUCCCUUCCCACACAAAGUGGUCUAACCAGCCACUUCAGUACAGAGUUUAUUCAUUACCAGCUAGCAAAAGGGAAGGAAGGAGGAGGGUGGAGGAGAAGAGGGCAGCCUGGAGCCAGCCAAAGAGGAUUCCCUGUCAUCGGUUUGCCAUGAUGGAGCCCUGGAUGCUUCUUUUCCUCCUUUUAAUCCUGCCCAACAAGCCACAAGGGACAGGGCCCAGGACCCUCAUGCAUCUGAAGUUGAAGGACUCUUUUCCUGGGAACUUCUCACGAGUCCCCCAUUUCCAGGAGUUUCUGGAGAAGGUCUGUCACCUCCUGAACCUCCCUUUAGGGACCAAUAUCACCCUCCGAAGCCCAGGGUCACCUCAUCAUGUCACCUGCUGAAGCAGGUGGCAGAGUGCCAUCCAGGGAUGGUACCAGUGCAUCUGGACCCCAAACUUCUCCUUCUCCCAGACAUCCACAUACCCAAACAAUGGAGGUUGGGGGUUAAUGCCUGACUCAGUCUCACAGUCACUAGCCCUGCUGGGCACCUUAAUACAGAUGUGGAUACUGA